AUGACCGAGCUCACGGGGCUACAUAGCCUGACUUCGAUUGGAGGGAUGUCAUCACUACAUUUGGUGGCAGUAUCAAAGAUUUUAUGGAGGAGUGGUAUGGCGAGCACACGAAGGGAUUCAACAAGCCCAACUCCAAUAGACUCCCUUACGAAUAUCAUUCCUCUCGCCAUGAAUGGAGCAAACAGGAGAAGACUUUGCAAGAAGGAUCAUCGCUAUCCGAAUAAAACCUCACCUGCCACAAAAGCACCAAAGAAGAAGCCAAAUUCCUACGAACUUUCUCUCCUAUUCUACGAAGAUGACAUAGAUCCCGAAUCGCAGCUAAUCAUGGACAAUCCGGUCACCAAAACGGGAGCGAAGAUAUUCGGAGCCAUUAAGAAUACUAAUGGGACAACAGACUAUGCACGAAUCAUCCAUCCUUCUGACAUUAACUACCUUGCAGCGUUUACGAGCUGCAUCAUGUCAGAAAAAUCUAGGCUUGAUGUUUCGAUUGCUGAGCGAGAGAAGAUGGACUUCAUCUCAUCGGUCAGCCACGAACUCCGCUCACCUCUGCAUGGCGUUCUUGCUAGUUCCGAAGCAUUACAAGAGACAUCAACGGGACUUUUACAAGAUGAUAUGAUUAGAACCAUCACUGUCUGUGGUGAAGUCCUUUUGGAUACGAUGGAUCAAAUUCUAGAUUAUGCCAUUACGUCGAAAUCCUUUCUCCCCAGAAAGUUCUCAUCCAAGUCCAACACCAGCACACCGACAGAAAGCGGGGCACUAAAGAGAAUGAAGCAUGUAGAUCUAUGCGACAUCAUCGAAUCCACAAUGGAAAGUGUUUACUACGGGCAUGAUUUUCACAAAUCAACAUUUGCCACUUCUGAAGAUCUUAAGUCUCCGGCGAGCAGUCUCAUCAAAGCGAGUUCGACCAAUAGCAAAGUGAUGCUCAUACUUAAUAUUUCCAAAUCAGAUUCCUGGAUUUUCAAGUCUCAAGUCAGUGCCUGGACAAGAAUACUCAUGAACUUGUUUGGAAAUGCCCUGAAGUAUACAGGAGCAGGAUUCAUCAACGUCUCAUUAAGAAAGGGGCCUUCCCCAUCGCCAAAAUCCUCUGGGUCACACGUAGUCACUUUACAGAUCGAAGAUUCAGGUAGAGGAAUGUCUGAAAACUAUUUAAAGUAUAAUGUCUUUACACCUUUCGUACAGGAAGAUCAAAUGGCCGUCGGUACUGGCCUCGGUCUCUCCAUUGUUCGACAUCUUGUACGAGACCUGGGUGGGCUGAUAGAUAUUCAAAGCGAAAUCAGACAGGGGACGAAAGUCACAGUCUCGGUUCCUCUUCAUUCGCCCUCAGUAUCACCAAUUGAAGGUUCGACCGACAGCCAGAAUCUUCUCCAUGAUGUCAGAUUGCGAACCAAAGGACUUCGACUGUGCCUCGUGGGCUUCGACUAUUAUCCUGAUGGUAUGUACACCAGCAUGAUUGUUGAUCACUUGAAGUUUGAAAAAUCCGCCGUCAAACCUAUGGUCUUAGCUGGUCCACAUAAGCUUGCACGUGCUCUGAAGGUCUGCCUGGACACGAAACUUUCCCCAGUGGCCAGUACAAUAGCGUCCGCAAAGAUACAGAGCGCUUCUUUGUCUUCAGAUCUAAGUCCGGCCAGCGCUGAAACUCCCAUAAUCGUUCCAAAAGCUGCUCAAGCGGGCAUGUCAAAGAAUUUUCAGGUUCCGUCAUCAACACCAACCCUUCAGGACCCGGUCCCCGAUCAUGCGGCUCGCCUUGCUGAUGUGUCGAAACGACUUGUUGAAGAGCAGGAAGACUCGUCUUUGAAUGGAGAGAAAAUCGUAUCUUCUCCUGUCACGAACUCCAUGUCGCCAAUUCCUAGUCCGGUAAGGAACAAAGUUCUGCUCGUCGAAGACAAUGCUGUGAACAUGAAGAUUCUCAUGCAUUGUAUGAGAAGUACGAAGCAAGAACAUGUAACAGCAAUGAACGGACUCGAGGCUCUAGAGCAAUACCAAGCCACACCAGAUGUUUUCAAGGUUAUCUUUAUGGAUCUCUCGAUGCCAAUCAUGGACGGCCUGACAUCAACCCGACACAUCCGAGCCUACGAAGAAGAACAAUGUCUACCUCGAACCCGAAUCGUUGCCCUGACAUGCUUCUCAUCCGAGAAGUACCAAAGAGACGCCUCUGACAGUGGAGUGGACCUUUACCUCGUCAAGCCUGUCCCAAUGAAAGCUAUCAAACCUAUCUUGGCUCUUGAUCCAGAGGAUUUUAGUCAUCGCGAUGAAGGUCUCAAGACUCCGAAUAGCUUUGAAUAUGGCUCUCCUAUCAGGAAGGUAUCGCUUGAUGGUGGUCAAUCUGGCAUUGAAGGGCAAAACACAAAAUGAGGAAGGGUUGCCGGACAAAGUACUUCGAAAUUACUGGCAGUGUAGGGCUGGUCCUGCUGGCGAGUUUGCUGUGCAGUUCGUCAAAAAAUGUGAUGAUUGGAGGACUGCUUGUAAUCACAGGUGGUUUUGAAU